CGUGAUUCGGCGCGUUGUUUGACAGCCCAAGACAAAAUUGGUGGCAGGAUAGAGUCAAUACCAUGGACUAACAACUGGGUUGAAUGUGGUGCUCAGUAUUUAUACGGACAGCAAAGUGAUUUAGCUAAGAUUUGCCGGUAUCAUGGACUCUUGUCAGAUUUUGUGUCAACGAAAGGAUCAGGUUCAUAUCUACGCGACGAUGGUGUCCAAGUUGACGGAGUAUUAGUAAAAGAUAUCAAUGAAGUAGUUCAAUCUGCCAUAGAAGAAUGCAAAGUUUUCGAAAAUGCAGAAAUCCGGAUACUUGACAAUGCAGCGAACGUUGGUCGGAUUUUGAGGAGCAAACUGAGGAAACACUUACGAACAAAAGGUGAUCCGUUGACGAUCAGAGACAUGCGCGAAGAGAUAUUUGACUGGAAUGUUAGACUUUUAAUGAUUGAGAAUGCCUGCUUUACAUUAGAUGAAUUGUCAGUAAAAUAUUGGGGAGAAUGCCAGCCAAUCGGCAAUGUGGAACAUGCAAAUUUUGAAUCUGGAUACAGUUCUAUAAUCAAAUUCAUAGCCCAGGGGCUAAAUCAAAGAAAUAUUCGAUUAAGCUGCCCCGUCGAAACGAUUGAGUGGCGCCAGAGCAUCAGCACAGGCAAUUUAAGUCAGGCAAACGCGAAACCAGUCACAGUAACUUUAGCUGACAAAAGACGUAUUUUUGCUGAUUGUGUGAUCGCAACUUGUUCACUGGGUUACUUGAAAGAAAAUUACAAAAAAAUGUUCAAUCCUGAGCUACCGCUACAUUUAUCGCAAGCCAUUGAGUGCCUUGGUUUUGGCCUGGUAAAUAAAAUAUUUUUGGACUUUGGUGAGCCUUGGUGGGACCCUAACGACCAAGGUUUUCAGUUUAUUUGGUCAAAAAAUGGCAGGAGAAUAUUUUCUAAACAAAAAUUAGCGACGUGGACCAGAGAUUUAACUGGUUUUAAUAUCCUCGAGGGACACAGGGCAGUUUUGUUAGGGCAAGUCGCUGGAAGGGGAGCAUACAUUGUCGAAACGUUGAGCGAACACCAAGUUGCCUUGGAUUGCAUCAAUCUACUCCGGCAUUUUCUCAAAAGAGAAGAUAUUUCCGUGCCAAGGAGAUGUAAAAGAACGCAGUGGCAUUCCAAUAUGUACAUCAGAGGUGCCUACAGCCAUAUUUCUACGAAUUGCGAUGCCACUGCAGUCACACCGGGAAUUUUAGGCAAGCCAGUUUGGUGCACAGUCACUCGAGAGGCUCGCGACAAGUGUAUACCGGUAAUAAUGCUGGCCGGAGAAGCGACUCACGAAAAAUAUUAUUCGACAACACAUGGAGCAUUUGAAACUGGCAUCAGGCAGGCUAAGACGUUUUUACAGUAUCACACUGAAAAAAAAUGUUAAUUAUUAUGCCCUACUUUUUGUAAUUUGUGCGGUAUAUGCAUGACCAUGUUUUCAUGAAAUAUUUUACAUUAUACACAAAUCUGUUGAUUUUGUAGCUAGGGAAUUAGUGGCAGGGAAUGUAAUAUAUAUCAUUCUCGAUAAUCUACUUUGAUACAUUUUUAUGAGUCUGCCCGCUUUAAGGACUCUAGAUUCUAUUGCACCGCGAACAGUAGAAAAGUGAUGUGGAUGAGUAGCCUUUCCAGAAAAUCGAACAA